AUGACUGAUGCUCAAAUAUUAUCUGUUUGUUUACGAGCUUACUCAGCGUUUCACGAAGACGAAGGGAAAGUACUAUUCGCCAAUGUUUUACAGCGAUCGAAACCUAUUGGAGAAUUUAAUUUAUUCAUAACUACUACAGGUACUGGUAAAUCAUUAACAUUCUCUAAAAUUAUGGAAGUCCAACAAUUAAAACAACAGUACGAUAUGGAUGUUGAACAAUAUUGUGAUGGUUUAAUGAAAAAGAAUGCAAAAGCCAAUAAUGAUUAUCGACAUGCAGUUUUCAAUGAAGUGAACUGUUACAACUAA